AUGACAACUGGAGAAUCAUCCGCUACACGUGACCAAAACAUAGCACUUCAAUGCCCGAAAUUGACUGAAACGAACUACACGACAUGGGCAAUUAUGAUGGAGACGAUAAUGAAGGCAUAUGGUAUUUGGGAAACGAUAGUUGCAAAAGAAGGAGAAACAACAAGUGAGAAUAAAGAAAACACAUCGAAGGCAAUGAUCUUUCAAACAUUGCCACAAGAUGUAUUAAUGCAAGUUGCUCAAUACUCGACUUCAAAGGAAGUAUGGGAUUCGAUUGAAGUCGAGUAUUUAAGAGCCGACCUAGUUCAAAAGGCACAACUACAAACCUUGAGGAGUGAACUAGAGACAUUAAGGAUGAAAGUGAAUGAAAAUGUAAGUGAUUUUGGAGGAAAGUUAAGUAGUAUAAAAGCCAAGUUUAAAGGCCUUGGUGAAACUUUGGAAGAUAAGACGCUUGUAAGGAAACUACUUAACUCUGCUCCAAAGAAGUUUCUACCUAUUGUGAUGUCCAUUGAACAAUGUCAAGAUUUAGACAAGAUGACAUUUGAAGAUGCCGUUGGAAGACUAAUUGCUUUCGAGGAACGACUCAAAAGCCAAGAUGAACAUGAAGAAAAUCAUCAAGACAAACUUUUAAUGGCAAGUUCAAGCAAUCAAAGAAAUGGUAGAGGACGGGGAAAAAAAUUCAAUAAAGGAGAAAGAAACGUUAACAAUGGAGAAAGAGGUCGAGGAAGAGACAAACAACAAGGAGGACGAGACAAGAAAGACAUGAAAUGCUACAACUGCAACAACUAUGGACACCUUGCAUAUGAGUGCACCAAAUGGAAAGAAAAAGACAAGAAUGAAGAAUCUCUUAUCGCUUACUACUCCGAUGAUGACCCAAAGUUACUUUGA